UUUUCUUUCUUUUUGUCUUCUAGGAGUAAUGGAGUCCAAAGAGGAGCAAGUGGUAAAAAAUCUCAAGAAGGAAAGUGCCCAACAGGAAAAUGAAGGCGGGGAGCAGGCCCCCGUGCAGAAUGAAGAGGAAUCCCGCCAUUUGGGAGGGAGAGAAGGCCAGAAGCCUGGAGGAAAUGUCAGACGGGGGCGGGUUAGGCGACUUGUCCCUAAUUUUCGAUGGGCCAUACCUAAUAGGCAUGUUGAUCACAAUGAAAUGGGAGAUGAUGUAGAAAGGUUUGUAGGGCAGAUGAUGGAAAUCAAGAGGAAGACUAGGGAGCAACAGAUGAGGCAUUAUAUGCGCUUCCAAACUCCUGAACCUGACAAUCAUUAUGACUUUUGCCUUAUACCUUGAAUCCUGAGGUUUUUCCUGAGAUUGAUAAAGUGGCCAUCACUCUACAAGCUUGUUUUUUUGUGAUUUACUUUUUCUGUAUUCCUUUUGGUGUUCCCACUUGUCAGUUUCUAAUUGAAUAUUGUUUUGUCUUGGUCUAAAAGAUUCUGUCAGCAUGGCAAUUUCAUCCAAUAUAAGAAAAAAUUUUCAUUUCAUAAUUUGAAGUUAAUAAAGCAUUUUAAAAAGCAA